AUGGCCGAUCUUCACGAUCAAUGGCGCCAAUCCAUAAUAAUCUUGCAUGAACACAAUACCUUUAAAAUCACGUUUAAUAUUCUCCUAAUCAAUCUUGCCAAACAAGUUGCUUCCACUUCCACUUCCACUCAUGCCAUUCUUGCUUUUAUCGUUCCCAUUCUCCUCACCUUUGUUGAAAUCAAAUUCCCAGGAUCAAUAAUGUCAGCUUCUCCAUUUGAAACCCAUCCAACCCUAAUCCUAGUUUCCAUAGCCAGCUUAAUUGCUUAUUGCUUGGCUGUUGGGGCUAGGCUAAGAUUCCCUACUUACGCUCGUACCUACUCUCGCUUCGCCAUGAGGUUUUUUGGUCUGCUCUCAGUCGCCUCACUGCUCUCAGUUUUGCUUCCAGGCUAUUGGCACCCUGUCCCGUUCUUGAUUUUCAUCUUGUAUUUCAUGGGCGAGUACGCAUGUUGUCUUGGUUUGCUGAGAAUGCUAUGUCAGGUGGCUUACCAACGAGUGGAGAAUGGAUUUCUUUGUGUCUUUGGGGCGCGUCAACGUCGGUCAACGCGCACGCUGUUGCCGUUAACAUUCAGGGAUUUGCGUCACGUUCAAAACUAG